AUGGGCAACAUUAAGGAGGACAUCGAGUCCACCAAGGCCGAGGGCCUCACUGAGCAUCACUACAGAGACGCCACACUGCCGGCAUGGAGAUUCUGGCUGCUCAGUGUUGGACUCUGCCUUGGACUUUUCCUCUCCAUGUUGGACGCCUCUAUCGUAGCAACGAGUCUGUACACAAUUGGCGCAGAGUUUGACUCGGUAGACCUAAUCAAUUGGGUUGCACUUGCAUAUACCCUCACAUACCUGAGCUGUGCCGUCUUGGUGGCUCGGGCAUCCGACGUCGUUGGCCGGCGCAAUGCCUUCUUGGCAAGCUUUAUCAUUUUCUUUGCCUUCUCUCUCGGCUGCGGGUUUGCCCAGAAUUUGGAGCAGUUGGUUGCAUGCCGUGCUCUGCAAGGCUUGGGGGGCUCUGGUCUUUAUUCGAUUACCAUGAUUAUUUUUCCGGAGGUCGCUCCCAAGCACCUGCUACAGUAUAUGUCCAGUCUUGUCGGUAUGGUCAUCGCCAGUGCCGGCGUGCUUGGACCAGUUCUGGGAGGUAUUCUCACCCAUUACGCCUCUUGGCGAUGGAUCUUCUGGAUCAACGGACCAAUUGGCUUUGUUUCAAUGCUUGUAUUUUACCUGACGUGGCCCGAUGCCAAACACCUGCCGACGCUGCAACGUAGACGCUGGAAUGAGUUGGACGUUGUAGGCUCUCUUCUCCUUGUCGCAGCAUCGGUUCUGGUAGUCUUCUCCUUUCAAAAUGUCGGCUCGGACGGCAACAAGUGGCACGAAGCCGUAUUCAUUGCCCCAGUCACCAUCGGCGGCGUGUGCUUCAUCUUGUUGCUGGGAUGGGAGACGCUCGUCGCCAAGUUCUGGAGCAACCGCGUCAUGGCGGCCAUUCCGAUACGGCUUUUGCGCAACCGUGUCUACGUCGCCACGAUACUCAACACGAUGUUCCUCGGGUUCCCGUACCUCCUGGUCAUCUAUGCCUUCCCUGUCCACUUACAGAUCGUCAACGGGAAGAGCUCUUUGCUAGCGGGUAUUCUGCUUUUACCGAUGUUAGGCUCUGUUGCGCUGGGUACCACUCUCGGCGGGAUCAUCAACAAGAGACAGAAUCGACUUUUUGAGACGAUGACCGUAGCAAGCUGUUUCGUGUGCAUUGGUUGCGGCUUGAUGACGACACUGUCUUCGUCGGUCGAAUUGGAACCCAAGGCACUCGGCUUUCUUACCUUCAUCGGCUUUGGCUUUGGCCUGUCGGCCACUUCAUCCACCGUCCUCGGGGCGACUGAGUCAGAGAUUCCAGAUCACGCCCCCGCGCAAGGGAUUAUUGCACAGGUGCGAAUCCUCGGUGGCAGCUUGGGAAUCGCCGCGUCAACAGCGAUCUUGGGAAACUUCAUGCGAGACGAAUUGACCGGGGUGGUCAGCCCGGAACAGCUGUCAUCGCUCCACGGAGCAGGGGCGAAUUUGACGGAGGCGCAAGCCACAGCCGUACGCCAAGUCUACACAGACUCUUUCUGCAAAGACAUGCAGGUGGGAGCUAUUCUGUCAGGCAUAGCGAUCCUCCUUAGUUUGGGAGUCUAUCGUCGAAAUCGGCUCACCAUAGAAGAGCAGCGGCAGAUGCAUAUCAGGGUUGAGGUGGAGAGGCGACGGAGGGCAUCGGCGGCGACGACUUUGGUUUCCUCGACGACAACCGAGUAA